CAGACGACUGUCCCAUAGUUUAGUCAGUGGUUUAGUUAAGCGACAAAUAAUUUGAGUUUAAUUUAUCUUAAAUUGCAAUUAACUGAUUGUUUCACUAAUUAUGCCUAUAAUGCGAGCAUUGAAUCGACUGUUAAGCAUCAGGACCCGGGACCUACUGGUGCCCACUGUCACCGUCCUAACCAUUCGUCUCAUUUGUGUAUUCAUACUAACGGUGUGUAUGAUUACCACAAACCUAUCACCAGUUCAAGUGGUGAUGGACACCACUACCACUCCCACACCAAUCAAUGCAAACACAGGCAGCCAUACCGGGCCGGCACUAGUAGCUGAUAAAAGUGAUUGGAUUAUCACUUGCAAUGGGACCGAUAGGCGGAUCGCAUCGGGCACCGGGAGCCUAACGUAUAACUUAACCACAGGGUUUGUCAUGUAUGACAAUAGGACAGCCCUUUCGGCCAAGGAUAUCAAAGUGAUCGGUGAUUGUGGUGUUAACUACAACCCCACUGAUGGGCCCUAUAGUAAAGUAAUCGGCAACUGGACAGUCAGCUAUGGCCAUGGACUUAUCAUUUCCAAAGCCGAAGGGAUUGUCAAUAUCAGUGGAGUCACUGUCCAUCCCUUUCCCACACCGCCUGUCACUCCGGACACCGACUAUUGUCUGUCGUUUGGGAAGUAUUUCCUGAUGUCAUACCUAUUCGUAUGGAUUGUCUGCAUAUUAGUCGAGACGCUAAUCAUUGGCUAUACUCUGAGCGGCAAUGAAAUCAAUUCAGUGCUCGAACUCCUCAUUCAGAUUAAAAUCGGUUCAUUUGUGGUGGAAGUACUGUUGUUGAUCACAAACACGGCACUAAUUGGCGAUUACAUUGGUUUCACUCAAACCGAUGAGAAUCUGUGUAUGAAUUUGAUUAUAAUGAAGGCAGUGGUGGACAUCACCAUAUUUAACUGGAUCAUAUUUGUCACGAUUAUGUCCUUUAAAGAGUGUUACUACCGAAAUAACACAUCACUGCAUUACAGAUUAGGUAGUCUUUCUGGAACGAUUGGCUAUGGCCAGGGAUUUGUCAUUUCCAACACCUCAGGGAUUGUUACUGUCAGUGGAGUCACUGUCCAUCCCAUUCCCACACCGCCUGUCCCUCCGGACACCGACCAUUGUCUGUCGUUUGGGAAGUAUUUCCUGAUGUCAUACCUAUUCGUAUGGAUUGUCUGCAUAUUAGUCGAGACGCUAAUCAUUGGCUAUACUCUGAGCGGCAAUGAAAUCAAUUCAGUGCUCGACCCAAAAGCAAAUGAGCAUGGUGUUAUGCAUAAAAAGUGUUCAUAA